AUGGGGACCCCUGAGGUACCACAGGAGUUUUUGGCCAAAUUGGCCAGACAGGUCGUCCAAGAUCCCGGGAUCCCCGUCCCAAACCCUACUGUUCCUGCUUGGCAAGAGCCUGCACAUCCCCUUGCGAAUGCCCAGUCAAAAGAAUUGCCGCAAAAAAUCGAUUUCGCCAUAAUAGGGUCCGGAAUUACGGGUUGCAGUGCUGCAAAAACAAUCCUUGAAAGUGAUCUGGGCCGCGACAAAAAAGUCACUGUGUUUGAAGCUCGCUCUCUGACAAGCGGAGCAACGAGUCGCAAUGGGGGUUUCCUAUUAAGCCAUGUGCCCCUAAUGUACGGGCGCUUUGUCGACGCUUUUGGUGCAGAGGCUGCCAAACAGAUCGCAUUAUUCUGCGACCUCACACUGGACGAGAUCAUUCGCAUUGCUAAGGCUGAGAAUCUCGACAUGGUCAGCGAGAUCAGAGACGUCACCAACGUCACUACCUUCGAAGACGAGGAAGGCUUCGCCGAGGCCACCCAGUCUGUUCGAGCCUACGAAGAAGCCGUUCCGAACUCUAAGGAGAAAUACGCCAUCGUCGAUGGAGAAACAGCAGGGAAGAAGUAUCACUUCAUUAACUCUAAGGGGGCUUUAGUAGUAAAGACGCGGGUCUUCUGGCCCUACAGGCUAAUCACAAACCUUCUCCAGCGCCUCCUUGAAUGUCACCCAGAACGUUUCACGGUCGAGACCACGACGCCAGUGACUUCAAUUACAAUCGCCAAGGAUUCCGACAUAGCACACCCGUAUGUAUUGACUACCCCCCGCGGGACCGUUAGAGCCGCAAAGGUAUUCCACUGCGUGAAUGGCUUCGCUGGACACCUUCUACCCAAACUUAGAGGUCCUCUUUUCCCGUGCCGACUGUCCAUGUCAACCCAAAAGCCAGGUCCACAAUGGGGCUAUCAACCAUACUCGUUUCUGUUCCGCAAGAAGCAAUCUUGGGACCCUAGUACUACACUAGUGGAACAAGGCCUUUAUUGGAUGCAGCAGAAUGCGAAAACCAGCGACCUUUUCGUCGGAGGAGACCUACAGAGACUGGACGACUUUAUCUCUUCGGACGACUCAGUCAUCAGUGCCGACUCUGCUGGCAAUCUUACCACCUUGCUACCUAAGAAGUUAUUCAAUGAGGGAUGGACCAAUCCCAUAACAAACGAUACGCUGUCCUCUGCCACUGCACUCCAUCGACUUUGGUCUGGAAUCAUUGGUGUCACUGCUGAUCAACUACCGAUUGUGGGAAAAGUGCCGACGUGCGUGAGCGACAGAAACAUUGACGGGGGUGAGUGGGUUGCUGCCGGUUUCAACGGAUAUGGAAUGUGCCAGGCCUGGUUGUCCGGCCAGGCUAUUGCUCGCAUGGCAUUGGGAGAGCCAAAACCAGAGUGGCUCCCGGAUGCCUACCUGAGCACAGAGAAACGUCUGACAGACAAGGUCAGCAUGGGUAAGGAGGCGGCUGUCGCAUCCUUUUUCACCAGAUAG